GAAACGAACCAUGGCCUACAGGCAACCAGGGUUGUCCCGGACGCUUCCCAAGGACUUCACAUUUUACGCUGGAGAUGAAGAAAAUCGACCUAGGACUCCAGAUCGACCGACCAAAGAGCUGACUAUCCCGCCCCCGCCCCACCAUUCUUCCUGCCGGUUCCGCAGACCUCGACUCACCAUCUCAACCCAGCGCGAACUUUUCUGCUCACCAGACGUUCCAUUGCCGUCAAUCGAGCUCUCGCACGAUCCGUCGGCCUCUGUAGCUGGCAUUUUUGACGGUGCCGUGACUCAACCGAUGACUGAGAAUGCACUUCAAGUUCCACCGCGAGGCAGGGUCGAUCCUAGAACGCCUCCAGCUCAAAUCCGGGGCACCCCUGUUGACGAAAGGCCUUGCUGGACUUAUGGCGAUACUGGAGACUGCAGUCAUCCCAUACAACGACCAUCGUCUGCUUGUUCCGAUUUCUCGGAUUCUUCUGCUGCGUCUUCUACAUCUUGCAUGUCGUACCCGUCGAUGGGAGGAAGUUGCACGAGCCCGGAAAGCGAAAUCCAGGAUCCUUUCAUUUCGUAUCCCUUCACCAGCUGCAAGCAAGAGCCGGAGACUCCUUCCAAGCCAAAUAUCGUCCACGGGAAACCUGGUAAGAUACCAACUACCAGACCGAGAUGGACUUCCGAGAUGGACAACCACCUGUGGAAUACGUAUCAAAUAUAUCUACAGGAUCCCAGAAUCACCCCUUUCAAAAUGGUUCCGGGGAGUUUACCCCCUUUGGGAGUCUCUCAUCGCGUUGCCCGCGAAGCUAGGAAAUCUUGGUCGAGAAAAAAAGGUCCUGUUCAAAGGAAAGGUCCUUCAACAGUAACUUCCGUUUCUGGUCCUGUUAUAUUUAUGGAUGGACGUGGUGGUAACAGAAAAUACCAACAAGCAACCCACGACUCCGCGACACGAAGUGGAAGUACUACGCCAACUGCCAAGGUCGCACCUCCCAAACCAGCGUGGCCCAGGUCUGACUCCUUUGCGAGAAGACGUUUAAAGGAUCUAUGCAAACGGAAAUUUUCAAUCGGGCCCCAUUAUCAACGACUGCUUCAAUCCCGUAGCCCGUCUCCUUUCUUGGAAACGUCCCCCGAAUCGGCUACUAGAAUUCCGUUACAAUUGGGAGUAUCUCAUCGGAAAGCCGCCUCGUUCGCAACCCGAGAUCUUGGAGUCUCACUGGUGUCCAGUUUCCUGCCAACUCAGGUCGCAGAAUUGGGACCGCCAACGAGUGAUCUCAAUAACGGGCCCCAAAAUGAUUGGUUCAACAAUAUUUCGCGUGACCACGAACAACCAGCCCGGACCCCUAAACAUUUUCACAGCCACUCGUCAUCGUCUCUCGGCGACUACAGCAGCCACAUCACAACUAGUUCCCUUUGCGACGAAAUUCCUCGCCUGGGAUCUCCAUUUAUGUACCAUACCUGGGGCCCUGAUAGCUCCCGCCGUCGUCUCCGUUCCGCCACACCGGCUAGUCAGUUUGACACAAUCCACACAACUAGCUUAAAAACCCGAUCACCUGGAGGACGCAUAGAUCAGUUUGGAAACGCCCACAAACGACGAGCCCUGCACCAGUUGGAAGAUGAGUUGGACUCGAGCGGCAGCAGCCUCCAACGUCCCUUCCCUGACCUCAUCCGCCAACCCAGGUACAAUGAUAAUAUGGGCCAACGGCGUGUUCGCGUGCGGAACAGGGGCAUCACCACUGGCGCAAUUGGUGGUUCACGAGGACGGUUGGACCAGCUUUUCAACCCUCCAGCGCAUUUUGCGGAGUUUCGCGGCUCUUCCACUUCAAUUUCUACUGGAACGGCUUCCACGACUAGUGCUACUACCGUUACGGCUCCUACGACGGGGGCUUCCGAUGACGGACAGAAAAUGCAGCAACAGGAUAAUAAUAUCAAUAAUAUUAAUAAUACUAGCCACCAUUUGCGACACGGUGAUGAUAUCAAGCGACUGGGUUCCCCUUUCCACUCUGACCCCUUCGAUAAGUACAACAACCGGAAACAUCUUACUCCAUCCCAUCCCCCGCGACACGCGCCUUCGCUCUCUGAUCCGUUUACCGCAACUUCCUUUGCCAGCAUGCCCUCUGCUACUGCUAGGAAUCUAGAACAACGUCACCCCGUACUAAUGUCGAAUUGUCAGGAAACCCCCAACAGUGAGAGUGCCAUGACCACGCCCCGUGCGUACUUUGACGAAGAACGGGGAGGGAAAGGAGGUUCGGGUGUUGGCAUGAGCAUGAGUGCUGGGCUGGCAAAUGGCGAUGGUCUUAAGCUUGAUACGCUUGAUACGCCCAACACACCUUUCUCCUAA